AUGCGUGCCCAAUUCGCCACCCUCCUGGCCCUCGCCGCCCCUCUCUACGCUAUCAAGAUCACCUCUCCUUCCAAGAACGACGUGGUUGACCCCUCCAAGGGCGUCACUGUCAAGUGGUCUACCGUCAACACCGACCCGUCCAAGGCCCACCUCGUGCUAGUCAACAUGGCCUCCGGCCACACCCCCUUCAGCAAGGACCUGGGCGAGAUCGACCUGUCUGCCGGCAGCUUCAAGGUCUCGGAGAAGGACGUGCCCUCUGACGGGGGCUACCAGUUCAACUUUGAGAGCACCGAGACCCAGAACACGGGCAUCCUCGCCCAGUCGGAGCAGUUCGAGGUCAAGUCGUCGGCCUCUGACAGCGACGAUGACGAGAAGUCGUCCUCUUCGGCCACCACCUCCGCUUCCGCCUCCACCUCCGCCACCUCGGCCUCCUCAUCGUCGUCCGUCACUCUCACCACCACCCUCAAGACCCUGACCCAGACCUUCACUAGCACCGGUUCCGACACCACUGUGACUGGCACCACCGUAACCACGUCUACUGGUACCCCCGCCGGCAACAGCGCCACUCAGACCGAGUCUGCCACCAGCACCAGCGACGGCGCUGCCGCCCCGACCGGCAUGGUUGUCCAGGGUGGCAGCCUGCUUGCCCUGGUUGCUGGUGUCGCCGCCGUUCUUGCUUAG